GGAUGAUCUACAUAGCCUUGGCUGCACACCUCCCUGAAGAACAAGCCCUGAGACAGGCCUGUCUUUCAUGUGAUGCCACUCAGUCUUGCAACUGCUCUUCCAUGGGUUUGGACUUCAUUCCCUCGGGGCUCACGGGCAAAAUUACGGCGUUAAACCUGGCCCACAACAGGAUAAAACUGAUCCGGGCACAUGAUCUGCAGCAGGCUGUGAACCUGAGAGCCCUGCUGCUGCAGUCCAACCAAAUCAGCUCCAUAGACGAGGACUCGUUUGCCUCCCAGGGGAAACUGGAGCUCUUGGACCUGUCAAAUAACAGCCUGGCUCGCUUGUCCCCGGCGUGGUUUGGGCCCCUUUUUUCGCUCCAGCACCUCCGCAUUCAAGGCAAUUCCUACAGCGACCUGGGAGAAAGUUCCCCCUUUUCCAGCCUGAGAAACUUGAACUCCCUCCACCUGGGCAAUCCACAGUUCUCCGUCAUCAGGCAAGGAAACUUUGAGGGCAUUACAUUUCUCAGCACGCUGAAGAUCGACGGAGGCAAUCUCAGUCAGUAUGAACCUGGAAGUCUGAAAUCGAUUAGGAAGAUAAAUCACAUGAUCAUAAGCGUAAGAAGGAUUGAUGUAUUCUCAGCAGUCAUCAGGGACCUUCUGCACUCUGCCAUUUGGUUAGAAGUUAGAGAGAUCAAAUUAGAUAUUGAAAAUGAAAAACUGAUUCAGAACUCUACUCUUCCUUCAACGAUAGAAAAACUUACAUUUACUGGUGCUUCAUUCACAGAUCAAUAUAUUAGCCGAAUAGCAGUGUUAUUGAAGGAAAUCACAUCUUUGAGAGAGUUAGAAGCAAUAGAUUGUGUGCUUGACGGGAAGGGAGAAUGGGAUACAACAGAAAUUGCAAGAAGUAGGCAAAGUUCUGUUGAAACAAUAUCAGUAACAAAUAUGACUAUUCUGGAUUUUUAUUUGUUCUUUGAUCUGGAAGGUAUAGAGACACAAGUAGAUAAGCUGAAAAGACUCAGCAUUGCAAGCUCUAAAGUCUUCAUGGUACCGUGCAGACUGGCAAGAUAUUUUUCAUCACUUUUAUAUCUUGAUUUCCAUGAUAAUUUGCUUGUAAAUAAUCGCUUAGCUGAGACAAUCUGUAAAGGUGCGUGGCCUUCAUUACAAACUCUAAAUCUAAGUAAAAAUUCUCUGAAAUCCCUAGAACAGGCUGCAAAAUAUAUAAGUAAUCUACACAAACUGAUUAAUCUUGAUAUUAGUGAAAACAAUUUUGGUGAGAUUCCAGAUGUGUGUGGAUGGCCUGAAAACCUGAAAUACCUGAAUCUCUCCAGCACUCAAAUUCCCAAAUUAACACGUUGCAUUCCCUCAACUCUUGAAGUGCUGGACGUUAGUGCUAACAACCUGCAGGAUUUUGGUCUGGAACUGCCACUUCUCAAGGAGCUGUACCUGACAAAAAACCAUCUGAAGACCUUGCCCGAAGCUGCAGCCAUUCCUAACUUAGUGGCCAUGUCGAUCAGCAGAAACAAUCUCAACAGCUUCUCCAAGAAAGAGUUUGCGUCCUUCAAGCAAAUGGAGCUGCUGGAUGCUAGCGCCAAUAACUUUAUUUGCUCCUGCGAAUUCCUCUCCUUCAUUCAGCAUGAGGCAGGGAUAACCCAGGUGCUUGUGGGGUGGCCAGAAAGCUACAUCUGCGACUCUCCGCUGGCGGUGCGAGGGGCACAGGUUGGGAGCGUGAGUCUGUCGCUGAUGGAGUGCCACCGGUCCUUCCUAGUGUCUUUGAUCUGCAUUCUGAUGUUCCUGUUCAUCCUCGUCCUGGUGGUCAUUGGGUACAAGUACCAUGCGGUCUGGUACAUGAGAAUGACCUGGGCAUGGCUCCAAGCCAAGCGGAAGCCCAAGCGAGCCCCCACGAAAGACAUCUGCUACGACGCUUUUGUCUCCUACAGUGAGAACGACUCCAACUGGGUGGAAAACAUCAUGGUGCAGCAGCUGGAGCAGGCGUGUCCACCCUUUAGGCUAUGCCUCCAUAAGCGGGACUUUGUGCCCGGGAAGUGGAUUGUGGACAACAUCAUCGACUCCAUUGAGAAGAGCCACAAGACGCUCUUUGUGCUAUCAGAGCACUUUGUGCAGAGCGAGUGGUGCAAGUACGAGCUGGAUUUCUCGCACUUUCGCCUCUUUGACGAGAACAACGAUGCAGCGAUCCUCAUCCUGCUGGAGCCCAUUCAGAGCCAGGCGAUCCCCAAGAGGUUCUGCAAACUGCGGAAGAUAAUGAACACCAAGACCUACCUGGAGUGGCCUCCUGAUGAAGAGCAACAGCAGAUGUUUUGGGAGAACUUGAAAGCAGCUCUAAAAUCCUAGAUAGGAUCAUUAAAAACUGAGUCUCUAGCCAUCCUCUACUGGAUUUAUUUCCAUUGCCUUUUUGUCCCUUUAUCUAGCUGAAUCUAUCCAACAGAGAUCUGAGCUACUGUAAUUGCUGUUACUUGCUUUGAAAUUAUACUAUUCUUGUCUCCGUGAUCAUGAUCUUUUCUAAGCAUUUUAAUCAGCAGUCUUACGAAAAGCAGUUUUGUUUAAAGAUUUGCUGUUGAAAAGUUUUUUAGAUACACAACUGUAUAUUUUAUCUAUUUUAUAUAGCUUUAUCUUUGCAAAAGCUUUACACGAGAGCCUGCUUAGCCUAGGUUUAAC